AUGUGUGAAAUUCGCGUCGAGCUGACAGUUCCAGCCCUUCUCUGUGGCUUCGACGCAUUCUUCUCAUGCGUCGGCCAGAUAGACGCGAAGAACCUCGAGGUCACGAGCUCCCAGUACGCUGACGGUGCACUUGCUGUCAAUUUGUGGGAUACAGUCGAGCUGUGGAACCAUGAGCAGGCGGCAGGUUACCGCAAGAAGCAAGAGGUACCAUACGACCCUUCUUCCAGCAAUGAUUGCCUCCGCGAGGCGACGGCCCGUUUGAAUCGAUACGGGUACUGCUUCAUCACCGGCGUGCCAGCGGCCCCCGAACCCACCGAGGCAUUGCUGGAGCAGUUCGGACCUAUCCGCAACACUCACUACGGAGGCUUCUACGACUUCACGCCCGACCUCGCAAAGGCUGACACAGCAUACACGAACAUUGCGCUGCCACUCCAUACAGACACAACCUACUUUACCGAGCCAGCAGGCCUCCAGUCCUUCCACAUGCUAUCGCAUGAAGGACCCCGAGACGCUGACGGCGACCUGGGCGGGAGUUCGAUCCUUGUUGACGGGUUCGCAGCUGCCUCGAAACUGUAUCAUGAGCAUCGGGAGGCCUUCGACUGCCUCAGCAAGGUCCCUAUCCCGUGGCACGCCAGUGGCAACCAAGGUGUGACAAUUACGCCUGCAAUGCGUGCGCCCGUCAUAGAGUUCUUGCAAAGCGGUUAUGGUGAUGACCUCCUCAGAAUCAGAUGGAACAACGAUGACCGUGGUGUGGUGCCGAUGGAGAAGUCUGAUGAAUGGUAUGCAGCAGCGCGCAUUUGGGACUCCAUUCUGAAGGACAAGAAGAUGCAGUACCACUUUCAGCUUGAACCCGGAACCGUCCUGAUUUUCGAUAACUGGCGUGUACUCCACGGCAGAACAGCGUUCCAGGGGGUCAGGAGGAUGUCUGGUGCCUACAUAAAUCGCGACGACUACUUCUCGACCAAGAUCAACUCGCAGCUGACGCGGGAUGAGGUCCAGUCUUGGAGUCUGUUCCAAGACCGCAACAACCUGGUGGAGUCGUCAAAGCGGAUUAUUUCCAGGACGUGA